AUGUCCACCCGUCUUAUUGCUAAAUUCAAGUCGUCGUUGACGACUCGUGCUACGCUUCGUAAACCUGCACUUUGUGUCCCCCCGUCUCGAUCAUUUGCGGCAGAGUCAGAAAAUCUGGUCAAGACUGCCCUGUACAACGUACACAAGGAUCUAGGGGGAGACAUGGUGCCGUUCGCGGGAUACGAGUUGCCUGUCCUGUAUAAGGGUGAAAAUGGCGGAGUUAUGAAGGAGCAUUUGUGGUGCCGGGCAGACGGGAAGGCUUCGCUUUUUGACGUUUCUCACAUGGGACAGAUCCGCUGGCACGGCAAGGAUCGUGUCGCCUUUCUAGAACGCGUCGUCGUGGGUGACAUUGCCAGUCUCAAGGAAGGCAUGGGAUGCCUUUCCUUGGUAACAAACGAAAAAGGAGGAAUCAUCGAUGACACCGUCAUUACUAAUGCGGGCGAUCAUGUUUUCAUGGUUGUGAACGGAGCAACUAAGUUUGGUGAUAUGAAGCAUUUCGAAGAACAAAUGGCUGUGUUUGAUGGCGAUGUCACGAUGGAGUACUUGGAGGACAGCAUGCAGCUUUUAGCGGUACAAGGUCCUGGUGCCGCUGCAUCGGUUGCCAAGCUUUUACCCUCUGACUUUGACAUGACCCGCAUGCCGUUUAUGAGCGGACGCCCCACAACUUUGGAUGGUGUCGACGGAUGCCGCAUUACUCGAUGCGGAUACACCGGCGAAGACGGAUUCGAAAUCGCUAUGCCUACUGAACAUGCCGUCUCGAUCGCUUCCAAGCUAAUGGAAGAUUCUUCCGUCAACCCCACUGGUCUCGGUGCCCGGGAUUCGCUUCGUCUUGAAGCUGGGCUUUGUCUCUACGGCAACGAUCUCAAUGAAGACAUCACUCCCGUCGAAGGCGUGCUAGGUUGGACUUUGGGACCUGCCAAAAGCCGCCGUCGGACAGAAGGUGGUUUCCUCGGGGCCGAACACAUUUUAACCCCGGAUGGCAAGCUGCAAAAGGUCAAUCGCAAACGCGUCGGUAUUAUGGGUAUGAAGGCCCCAGCCCGGGAUCAUACGGAGAUUUUUGACGAAAACGGUGAAAAUAAGAUUGGCGAAGUCACUUCUGGUACCUUCAGUCCCUGCCUCAAGGCACCUAUCGCCAUGGGCUACGUUGAGACGGCCAGUGCCAAAGCUGGUACACCGAUAAUGCUCAAGAUCCGCAAUAAGAUGCAAAAGGCUGAAAUUACAAAGAUGCCUUUUGUGGAGUCGCGGUACUACCGCGUGCCGGAGUAA